CCUGUAUGCCACAAGCAUUAGGACUUCAAAAGUACAGAUGUAAUCAAGGAAUUGGUGUCUCUUGUAAUUUGACAAAUCACCAGGACAUAUGAAUGAAAUCGCAUCACAGACAACAGGGACAGAAAGAGACAGAACACAUCAUUGCAUCUGGAGGUUUCUGUCCUGCUCUAACCGUCAGAGCAUAAUGGUGGCUUUUAAAGGGAUCUGGACCAAAAGCUUCUGGAGGGCUGUGUCAGGAGAAUACCUGGCAAGCGUUGUCUUUGUGCUCCUUAGCCUGGGUUCCACUAUCAACUGGCAUGCCGGGGAGGAGAAUCCCCCCCCGAAUGACUUGGUGCUAAUCUCCCUUUGCUUUGGCCUCAGCAUUGCCACCAUGGUUCAAUGUUUUGGCCACAUCAGUGGCGGCCACAUAAACCCAGCUGUCACUGCAGCAAUGGUUGUAUCUAGAAAACUGAGCCUGGCAAAAGGUGUGUUCUAUGUGGUGGCUCAGUGCCUGGGAGCCAUCACCGGAGCUGGGAUUCUCUAUGCAGUCACACCUGCAGAUGUUCGAGGAUAUCUCGGUGUGACAAUGGUGAGCUCCAAGGUCUCAUUAGGACAUGCGCUUCUGGUGGAGCUUCUCAUCACAUUUGAGCUGGUCUUCACUAUCUUUGCCACUUGUGAUCCGAAACGCACAGACCUAAGUGGUUCAGCAAGCCUAACCAUUGGAUUUGCAGUAGCUAUAGGACACUUAUUUGCAAUUCCUUACACAGGGGCCAGCAUGAAUCCAGCUCGUUCCUUUGGGCCGGCAAUGAUCACACUUAACUUUGAGAACCACUGGGUGUACUGGCUGGGUCCCAUUCUAGGAGGAAUCUUGGCUGCAGCUUUGUAUGAAUACCUUUACUGCCCCGACCCUGAAGUGAAGAAGAGGCUGAAGCAAGUCUUUAAAAAAGAUUCAACCGGGAAGUACAAAGUGGUGGAAAGUGAGGAGACCAUCAUAAAACCAGGCUCCGUCCAUAACAUCAAUCAGACAGAGAAAGUGGAAAAGAAAGAUUCUUUCCAGGAGUCGUCCGGAGAAGUACUGUCUUCUGUAUGACUAUCACGUGCACUAGACAUGGAGACAAAUUUGUAAAGAAGAAUGGCAAUCAAACUUUGCGGUAUCAAUCUCAAGCAUGUCGCCCUGCAGAAUUUAAUUCUGUCAGACUCACAAGGUUGUAUUACCUUCACUGUCAUAAAGUUAAUGCAUUACAGCUAAAUCUUCCAAAUAUCUGCAGUCGAUUCAAUACUCCUCCCCAGAAACCUUCUGAAUUAUUGUUUCUGCACACAAUGCACCCUGCUAAAAUGACAGCCAGCAAUGCAUUGUGGUAGGAAAAUAUGUGUCCAGGGGGUCAGCCAAUUAUGUGGGGUCAUCCCAUGUAUUGGAGGAGUGAGGAAGAAUAAGCAGCCUUGUUAUUUUUGGAUUAGUGUCACAUUUGUUCUGCCUUCUGAAUGUAUAAUAAAAGGCAGGAUUGUCCUUGUGAUCAUUAAGCACAUUACGGAUGAGAUGCAAUGUAAGACAGCUCUGACAAGCUACAUGGGCAGAGCUGUAUUACAGAGCUCUCCAUUUUCAGUA